UUAUUUUUGGAUUAGGGCACAAUUGGCGGAGGAGGAACACAGCGGUGUGCGGUUGGUUUCUUCUUCUCAAAUCUCCCGAAAAUUUUCCAGUAAAGGUUUCGAAUUUUUGUUUGAUCGAAGAAGAUAUGCCUUCGGAGGAUUCGAAAGCUUUGAAUAAAGAGGAGGCUGAGGAAGACAAUAAGAGCCUGAGUUCUCUUGCGAAGAAGAAACCCACGAAUGCCAACAAUGCUGGUUCGAAGAAAUUGAAGAAGGAAGACGAUGAUGAUGACAGACCCAUCAGGUUAUCUUCAUCUGGAUCUCGUUCAAAGCCGCCAGUGAAGAAGAAGGAGGAGAUUGAUGAAGACGAUGAUGAUGACAAACCCAUCACAUUAUCUAGAUCUCGUUCAAAGCCGCUAGUGAAGAAGAAGGAGGAGAUUGAUGAAGACGAUGAUGAUGAUGAUGAUAAACCCAUCACAUUAUCUCGUUCAAAGCCGCCAGUGAAGAAGAAGGAGGAGAUUGAUGAUGAAGACGAUGAGAAGAAGAAGCCUGUUUCUAAGAGGAAUUCCUCUGUUGGUGUCUCAAAGGAGAAGAAGAAAACAGAGAAAGAAGAAGAACCAAAGAAAAAGAGAGAAAAGAAAGUAUAUGAUUUGCCUGGUCAGAAGAGAGACCAACCUCAAGAGAGAGAUCCACUUAGGAUUUUCUACGAGUCACUUUACAAGCAAAUUCCCACUAGCGACAUGGCUCAGAUUUGGUUGAUGGAGUCUGGUUUGCUUCCAGCUGAAAAAGCUAAGAAAGUUCUUGAGAAGAAACUGCAAAAGGGUGGAAAGUUCAGUUCUCCUACAAAAUCUGCAGCUUCUACUCCGAGAAGCAACAACAACAAAUCAGUGCCCCCGAAGAAGGAGGCCAAAAAAUCACCUUCUGAAGCUUUGUCAGACAAAAAGAAGGGAACUGUUUCCAAACCAGCCACCAAGAAGAGGAAGAAGAACUCUGAUGAUGUUAGUGAUGACGACACAGAUGAUGAUUUUGUGGCUAGCAGAGUCUCUAAAAAACCUAGAGCCAAGUAAUUGGAAUUAUAAGACUGAAUUUGUAAUCGGUUUUUAGUGACUCAAUUUGUAGAAUCCUUUGGGGACGAAUUCUUUAAGAGUAAUGGAAGAAUUGGCAGAUUGUUUCUGCGUUCUAGGAA